AUAACAUAUACCUUAAUAUCUGAAAAACAAGUAGGUUUUAAGUAGGUAUAUAUAGUUCCACAUAUAUGUCUAUAAUUAAAUAAAGUGUAUAUCUUAUACAUAUACCUACAAGCUUUAAACAAUCAUGUUAAAAUAUUCAGUUAUUUUGAUUGUUUUUAUGGCCAUCAUUCAAUAUGGCUAUGGUAAAAAUAACCAAUAUGGUGAUACAAAAGAUGAUUUGGAGAAGGCCUUCCAUGAAUUGAUGGACUUAGUCGAUGCGGCACUCACAACUGCUGAGGACACCUUGAAUGCUGCACUUCAAGUUGUAAAAGAUGAAGCCAGCGAGCUGGAGGCAGAUGCCAACAGCCAAUUGGAUGAGAUUUUGGAUCCGUUAAGAACAAAAUUGAAUGACCUCAUACAGAAAGCUAAAGAUUUAGGUAUCGAUGUAACGAAAUGUCAAAGUUACGUCGACGACUUCGACAACAUUCCAGACAAGCUGGUUACUGACUUGGGCGGUUGCAUCACCACCCAAGUGGAGAAAGCUGAGAAAUACGUCACUGACGCCAUAGACAAUAUAAAGAAGAUCGAACAGGACCUCAACAGCAUCGAUACGGAAAUCGAUGACUGCAGUGGAAAUAUCUUCGAAGAAGUCGAAUGUUACGCUAAACUCGCUAUUAAGAUUGCUGACGAUACUGUGCAAGUGCCAGCGAAGAUUGCUGCCGAUGUUGCGGCUGCAAAAGCUUUAGUUGUUGGCAUUGUACCGAUUUUGGAGGCUUGUUUGACUGGUAAGGUGAGCGAUGCUGGUACGCAGGCUGCUAAAGACGUUGCUGACUUUGCAGUAUGUGCUGCUUUAGAUUAGGAAUAUAUAUUAUGUGCUAUUGAUUGUUACUUUAAUCAGGAUUUUUUUAUUAGGUUACUAUUACACUAUCAAAUUUGUCAAACAUUUUAUUUUGCCAAAGAAUUUGACAGUGUAAUACAUGUGAUUUUAUAAAAUAUUGUAUAUUAACACUGUCAAACUUUUUGUCAAAUAUCUUUUAUAAAAGAUUUUUGACAAAGAAAUUUGAUAGUGUAAAAGCCUUAGAUACAUAUUGUGUUCCAAGUGUAAAUAAUACUAUAGAGUUAAUAAUAAACUAUUUUUGUACUUCAUUUUUAUUUUGUUUAAGGGAGAUGUAAAAAAUUGACUUCGUGAAGUGAUUUUAUAAAUAGAUACAAAAUUCAUGCUAUGUUCAAAGAACUUCCAUUUUUUAAAAGAUUUUACCGUAUGAUCGAAAAAAACGGCGUCCAGUUAGCUUGGAAAUGAA